GUUAACUCAUUUAAAUUUCAGUGAAACGAGAUCUUAACGGGUAUACAGUCAGAUGAACACAGGCAUAUGAAAUCCGCAAUCCGCAUACAGUUACAUGAAAGAGAUCUUAACACGUGCGAUACAACUCAGAUAAACAUAGGCAUACGACAACAGUUCAAUACGUGGCAGUUUACAGCGAAUAAAGCAAAGCUCUUGGCAUUCAACACAGAAGCAAUAUGCCAAAGAUGAAACCGAACAAAAAGCCAGGAGCACCAUUGUUACAACAGGAUGCGACACCAUUUCACCUGACGGGCGUUGAGGAAAUAUCAUCUGCUUCAAGUAAUAUUGGGGAUACAUGUCCUUCCGAACGACAAUCUAAAUCCAAAGGUGGUCCCCAUCAAGCUGAUACACCAACCGCAGAAUGUAAAGAGGGUGAUGUGAUGGUUCCUCAAGUAGCACCAACGAGUACAAUUACUUCUUCAUCGCUACCAGACUCGAGUGUGGAGAAGUCGGAGAAUGGGUUCAAAUUCAAUCCUCAUCUUUACGUUAAAGACUACCUGGAACCAGAUGUAGAAACAUACAAGCAAGAUCCAAGGUUCUACGACAUGUUGAACGUGGAAUACAAUUACAAUAUUCCAAUCGAGGAACAAAUUUAUUUUAAAACCAUAGCAACACCCUAUGAUUGGACGGACUGCCCCUCAGUGCCACCCUCUUUUGGCUGCUCGUUUUCCAAUGGAAUGCCAGUGUAUAGAAGUCCAUUGCCAAUCAACAUGGGCUUGUUUGUGAACCAAACUGAUAUUGCGACCCAUCAAGAUGAGGACAAGGACGUUACAAAGAUGAAAAAUAAAAAACAGAGCAAAAUUCCCACAGAAAACAAUGAUGUGGAAUUUACUGCUAACGUCAGAGAUGAAGCAUUAAACAGCAAAGUGAAAAAUGCGGGAAGUGGUAUUUCAAGUGCCAUUAUAAGAUGUAGAAAAUCAUCUAAUUUACCAGUUCAUUCUAUCAAGAACACAAGGAAUCAUGGUGCGACUGGAUCGUCUGCAACUGGAUCGUCUGCAACCAAGUCGUCUGCAACUGGAUCGUCCGCAGCUACAAUACAUGGGAAUGUCUCUACUUACCCAUAUAAACCUUACAAACAAGACUUUCUAAUCCAAGCAACCAAUGAAAACAGUGUAUUCUCCAGUGAUCCCAUACAGAAAACUGGCAAAGACGACCAUGACGCAACAUGUUUAGAUUUACCGUCACAUAUUCCUCAUCUUAUUAGUGAUCCAGAAUAUAAUUUUUCCCAAGCAAACGACCGAGAAAUUGAUUUUCAUGACUCAAUUGGAGGUAAUAAAAGGUCCCAUUUGACACAUCGUGGUAUUGUUGCUGUUGAUGUUCCUCUGAAAAAGCGUUGCCAUAACAAUAGUUAUUCUGACAUGCCUUUAUGUAGCAACCCUAGUAACUCUAGUUCCAAUGUUAUGAACAAGGAAAAUAGCAAAAAGCAUUUUCAUUCUGCAACCCUUGUUGAAGGGGACAACAAAGCCAGUGCGACACGAAGAGCAGACAUUAGUAAAAAUCACUCAACCAAUCAAACUAGAAAUCCAUAUAAUGCAGUAGUUCAAAGAUCAAAACGAUCAGCUUACAUUGGUGAAUAUAAUCUUCAAAGUAAUGAGAGAUAUGGUAGCGAGAGACAUCUUGCUCGUGAGACACUUCAUGCUAGUGAAAGACAUAUCGAAAGGAAGAAACCAUAUGAAAACACCAAUAGAAAGUCUCGACUGAAUGCCAGUAAAGCCAUUAAUAGAACAGGAAAACAUGAUAUAAAUGGAGCAGAAACAACUGGAUCAUUCAAAGGUCUUGCAGCACGAUCUCGUCACAGUACCAAUAGAGUUGUCGAAACGUGUAAAUCAAACCAAUAUUUGGCUUGUGUGGGAGGGUUUUCUGAUAUGUCAACGUUGUAUAGAUCACCUAAUAAAGAACACAGAACUGAUGGUAGCCAUAGCAACACUGCCCUCUCUACUCAUUCUAUUCCAAUGUAUGAAAAUGUGAGUGAAGAUGAACUAUCAAUGGGUAAUGUUGCUACAACUGGUUCAUCAUCAAGCAAGUUUAACGCAUAUGUGAGUUAUAGUUCAACAGCAAGCAAGUUUAGUACACCUUCAAACCAGGCAGCCAUGUCCAACAUGUUAAACACAUCUGUUAGACACGAUCCAUUUAUUAAGGUCACAUCAGAUGGCGGGAAGGGAUUAUCAGCUUGCAAAUCGAGAACAUCGACAACCAAAAAACAUGAGGAGUGCACAGCUACAACCAUUAAAACAAAACAAUCCACCACUAAUGAAGAGACUGGUAAAAUGGAGGAAAGAGUAGGAAAUGCAACCAGUUGCAUCGUAGAUGACAGUACAACAGACUACAGCAAAUUUGAUUACAACACUGGCAACAAUAAAGGUCAGUCCUCUGCAAAUCGAGAAAAAUCUUUGAUCAGUGAUCUUGAUGACGUUAGUGCUAUGAUGGAUGGAAUUCACAAACAUAUUGAUGAACACAAAACGUAUUGUGACAUGCCUCUACCUACGUACACUCAGUCAGGUUGCUAUAGCAGUAUAUCCCCACCUUCCAUACUUACUGGUGGGAAUAAUACCAUAGAAGCAUCAAAUGAUGGUGUAUUUAAUGCCCACUAUAUGUUACCUAGCCAAAAUUCAGAGCUCUUCAAUAGAAACCGUAUAGAUGAAAAUAACAACAGGAAUAUUUUAUCAGGGUGUAUGAGCAUGAAUAGCAAUACAGCUAUUAGUAUCAGCCCUAACUCAGUCCAAAGGUUGCCCUUUACAACGAAUAGGCUAAUGUUAAGUACAAGUAACUCUGCGUUUUCUAAGACGGCCAAUAUAGCACAGAACAUGGUAAAGAUAGCCCCAAAGAAGAAAUCUAAAGAUACCAAAGUUUUGAAGAACCCAACGUUACCAACAUUAAACCAAAACAGUACACAACGUCCCGUGUCCAGUUUAACGUCUUCGAAUGUGACUGAAAUGAAUGUAGGUGUGACUAGAAAGCAGACAUCCUCAUCAAUAACCAGCUUUGAUCCUUACUGCUACAAUCAAGACUUGAACAAUCAGUUACCAUACCAGACCAACACAUAUGCUUGUAACCCACCAAUUAUGUUAAAUACCGGUCAACAUCAGUUUCCAUUGUCAGGGAAACCGAAUACACAAAAUAUAUAUACUGUGAUUCCAUAUAGUCAGUAUCCAUAUAUAUAUGCAACACAAACAAAUGACAUGAGCGAGACACGUGAUGGAAAUAUACCCGCCACCUAUCCAUAUCAGCUACUAAACUCCACAGCAGUUCAACCCCUAGUAGCCCAGAGUAAUGUAAUACAAUGGCAGUAUAGUUCAAUCCAAGGUCAGGUGAUAAACACAUGUGUUGGGCAAAACGAAUUGCCAAACAUGCAAUCACACCAAACAUUUCCAAUGAAUUCAGAUUCAAAAGAAAAAACAGUGAAAACAAGCAAGAAGAAACGAAAUCCUUCCAGUAAGAAAGCUGCAACAGCAACAAAAGCACAACACCAUUCUACCAGCAUUGUGGACCUGAAUCAAAUGCUCGCGAAAACCAAACAAGCACUAGAGCAACAAAUGAAGGCAAAACCCACGAUAAAUGAACAGCUUGAUGAGAGCAAGAAAGAUGUACACGUAGCACCAAAGAAAACCAGAAAAUCUAAAAAGAAAUCAGUUGAACAGAAAAACUCUUUAAAAGCUGAGGCGUUUAAGAGAACAAAACUCGGAUACGAGCCACUUGACAUUGCAGCGUCCUUCAAACCUGAAGCGACCUCUAUCUACAGGUGUAAGGAACCAGUCAACACAACCGAUCAUGCCUAUGAAUCGUCAACCACGAUGCAGAAUCUUGACCACAAAUGUGCUUGGAAUGCAGCAAAGUCAAUACCCAUUGCAAGUGAAAUGACAACGAAGUUGAAGCCUAUGGUGAGCAAGAUGUCAACAAAAAUGAUACCAAUGACUUCUAAACCAAAUGGAAAUGAUAAGACUACCAUAUUGACAAUGGAAGGUGAUCUUUUUCUCAGUGACGUCAAACAUAGCACGACGUCAAUAUCUUUGAAUUUGAACAGUAAUGUUGAUAUAGUUGAGGACAAUGUGUCAGGUAGAACUGAUGGCAAUACAGUUGGUAUUGGGAUAUUUCCUCAAAAGGAAGAACUCCGAUUGGAAAAAUUAUUUGGAGAAGCUCCGACCUACCUUCAGGAAUAUGAGUAUGAAAGUAAGUGUAUGGUAAAAUGUAAAGAAACCAAAGAACAUUCCAUCGACGUCGUACUUGUAGGUGAUGUAGAAAAACCUGCAUGCAAAACAACCACUGUUGAUGUAAUCAAUGUGGCAGAUAAUGUUCUGAAAAUAUCAGUGUCAACUCCUCGGAAAAGACAUGUGACCAUCAAGGCAAAGCUUCAAGAUUGA